GCAACACCGGUUCCGUCUUGCACGCGUGUUUUUGUAAUGUUUUUGUAGAUGGGCCUAGAGAGAGAGAGAGGGAGAGCUGACAGAAGAUGUUUUGCAAAAAAUUUCCAGGUGUUUUGUAUGCGAACGUAGUUCAUAGCAAAGCUAGUACACAAUGGAUGAGUUUGAAAUCUAUACUCAAACCAAUUGUGUUGCAGAGAUCUUACUCAGCGUUUCCUAGAAUUUCUUAUGUUCGACAGCCAUUCACAUUGAAGAUUCUUGAGAAAACAUCUAGACUGAACAGGUUUGUUAGACCUAAACGUUGCACGGCCACUCAAGCUGCAGUUUCAGCAAGUGGUCAAAAAAUUGUAGGAUGGUGGUUGUUGGGUUGUUGUGGUAUGGUAGCCGGUGCAGUGGUGCUUGGUGGGGUUACCAGGUUGACUGAGUCUGGUUUAUCGAUGACAAACUGGCAUUUAAUUAAGGGCAUGAAACCACCAAGAAGUGAAGAAGAAUGGCAGAAGGAAUUUGAACGAUAUAAACAGUUCCCAGAAUACAAGUAUGUUCAUCAGGACAUUACAUUAAAAGAUUUUAAAUUCAUAUUUUUAAUGGAAUGGUGUCAUCGGAUGUGGGGUCGAUCGAUCGGUAUUGCGUACAUAUUACCAGCCAUCUAUUUCUGGAGAAAAGGUUGGAUCAGUAAGGCAUUAAAACCCAAGAUAUUUUUAUUUGGAUCACUUCUUGUCUUUCAGGGACUGCUUGGCUGGUUUAUGGUGAAAAGUGGCUUAGAAGAGCCUGCGAAAACAGACAUUCCACGUGUAAGCCAGUACAGGCUAGCCUCACACCUAGGAUCUGCCUUCCUUCUAUAUGCACUGAUGUUUUGGCAGGGCCUAUCUCACGUACUAAAGCCUACUCAAAUUGCAGAAAGUAAACUCCUACCUGUUAUCAGAAGGUUUGCACACGGUACUGUGGGUCUUGUCUUUGCCACAGCAUUAUCAGGUGCAUUUGUAGCUGGCUUGGAUGCUGGCCUUGUUUACAAUUCAUUCCCUAAAAUGGCCGAUAGAUGGAUACCUCAGGACAUCUUAACUUUUGACCCCAAAUGGAAAAACUUUUUUGAAAACUCGACUACAGUGCAAUUUGAUCACAGAAUACUGGGUAUUACAUCAGCUUUGACAGUCGGGACCCUGUGGGCUCUCACAAGACGAAUCCCUCUCCCGAAGAGAGCAAACCUUGCUGCCAAUUGCAUGCUGGGAAUGGUCUUACUUCAGGUGACAUUAGGUAUAGCCACACUGUUGUACUAUGUGCCUACAAACCUGGCUGCAUCUCACCAAUUUGGUUCUCUGUCUUUGCUAACCAUUGCUCUUUGGCUUGCCCAUGAGCUCAGAAGGAUACCAAAAUAAUCAACAGAUGUGGAAAUAUAGAGACAGCAAAUUUAUUAGCAUCAAAGACUUGGUUAAGCAUUACUCUUUGGUUAGAUGAUGCCUACAUUAAACAGGUCUCCAUCUUAUUAAAGAUCCUAAAAAUGAAAGACAACCUCCGAUUAUAGACCACAUUUUAGCAGCAACUAAAUAAAUGCCUAUCUUAUAUAUUUUUUAUAAUAUUAGCUCUGAUUGAAGACCAAAGAUGCUAAAGACUUAGUUUCAAAAGUGGUCUUUAAUUGGAGAAAGACUUUUUAUUUUUGAUUGAUAUUCUUUCCGAUGAAGGUAAAUUAAUAAAGGCAUUAUAUGUGACCCAAGACCACAAAAGGGCUGCAAACUCGCAUCACCAGGUGUCGAGAAAAAGGGCCAAAUAGACAUUAUAACAUGUAAUUGAGCAAAAUAUUAUUAUAUCAUAAAUAUAAAGUAUUACCUUUAAUCUUACUAUUUUUGAAGUUUGGGUUCUAUAUUUCAACUCUAAACCCUAAAAUUUAGUAAUUUCAUGAAGGCCAUUCUACAAGAAAUGUAUAUAAAUUCACCAACUUUCAAACCGCCAUACUUCGCUUCCAAACAACUUAUUCACCUACACAAAAUUCAGGCCCUAAAGUAUGUUCCAAAAGUAUUUAUAGUGCAUCGUACUAACAUGGUACAAAGCUUACGUAAAUGUAUACCUAAAUGAAGGAAAUAGACUGAAAUUAAUUUGAAGAAUACCAAACUGUUUCAUGACCUGUUGGAAAAGAUUUGGAAAGCCUCUGGCAAUGAAGCGGACCAGAAAUGAUUGCGGUUGAGUACAUGUUAAGAAACUAGUUGUGGUUAUUGAAACUUUAAAAAAAUAUUGACGCCAACAGAACAAUCAUCUGCACUAUUUUCAGUAAUGUGAAACUAAAACGUAUUGAUGAAGUAUAUCUACACAACGUCAUACAUGAUUUGAAUGACUAUAAGUGUUGUUUUUUAGUCACUUCAAUUUUUUUUAAAUAAAUUAUCCUCCGAAUAAUGUUA